AAGCCACCCGUUCGUCCCCCUUCCCCUACCUCCAAUCCUUUGCCCAGGAGCUGCCUUCAUCGCAGUCACGCCCCUUCCUUCCGAGGAGCUUUCUGGCUGCCUAAGCUGGUAGACCCCCUGAUUUAUUCCUCCAUCUCCGCUCCCUUUCGCCUCAUCUUCUCUUAGUUCUCACAGCCCCCUCCACCCCCACCUCCAGUCUGUCUCGCCUCGGACCAUCCGCUGCUCCACCCUCCGGCCCGGUAUCCUGCCUGUGCACUGCCACCAAGGAGAGCCCGGACGGAGCAGCGAGGAGGGGAGCAGCCGGGAGUUGGGGCUUCCCUCCUGCCUAUCCCUGGCCUCUGGCCCGGGACCGAAGCCACUUGAGCGAGCAGAGUCGUCACCUUGUCUUCGUUGCCUUCAGGGAGCUGCGGAGAAGGACAAAUAAGAUAACAGAAGUGAAAGAGCUCUUGUCUCCUUAGAAGAAAGGCUGAGAAACUUAAGAGUGACCAGUGGUUGGACUCUUGGCGGCGCUUACCCUGAACCUGAGUGUUAGGGGAGAGGGAAUCUGCCGUUGCGGUUUCUGGAGCUGCUCAUAAGCAAGAAUUCCCUAUCCUGAGCAAGGCUUUAAGCCUAAAAGAAAGCAGAAAUAGGUCAAGGGCAGCCCAGGUGCCCAAUUUCUCUCUCUCUUCACAAGGCACCACCAGCAAUAGAGAUGAGAAAUUCUGAAGAACAGCCAAGUGGAGGAACCACAGUAUUGCAGCGUCUGCUACAAGAGCAGCUCCGCUAUGGCAAUCCUAAUGAGAAUCGCAACCUGCUUGCCAUACACCAGCAAGCCACAGGGAACGGCCCUCCUUUCCCCAGUGGCAGUGGGAACCCAGGCCCUCAGAAUGAUGUGUUGAGUCCCCAAGACCACCACCAACAGCUUGUGGCUCAUGCUGCUCGACAAGAACCCCAGGGGCAGGAAAUCCAGUCAGAAAACAUCAUCAUGGAGAAGCAGCUUUCCCCUCGAAUGCAGAAUAAUGAGGAACUCCCGACCUAUGAGGAGGCCAAGGUCCAGUCCCAGUACUUUCGGGGCCAACAGCAUGCCAGUGUCGGAGCUGCCUUCUAUGUCACUGGAGUGACCAACCAGAAGAUGAGGACUGAGGGACGCCCGUCAGUUCAGCGGCUCAAUCCUGGAAAGAUGCAUCAGGAUGAAGGACUCAGAGACCUUAAGCAAGGACAUGUUCGCUCCUUGAGUGAACGACUAAUGCAGAUGUCACUGGCCACCAGCGGAGUUAAGGCCCAUCCGCCUGUUACCAGCGCUCCCCUCUCCCCACCACAACCCAAUGACCUCUACAAGAAUCCCACAAGUUCCAGUGAAUUCUACAAGGCCCAAGGGCCACCUCCCAGCCAGCAUAGCCUGAAGGGCAUGGAACACCGAGGCCCCCCACCAGAGUAUCCCUUCAAGGGCAUGCCACCCCAAUCUGUAGUGUGCAAGCCCCAAGAGCCAGGGCACGUCUAUAGUGAGCAUCGUCUGAACCAGCCAGGGAGGACAGAGGGGCAACUGAUGAGGUAUCAGCAUCCCCCUGAGUAUGGAGCAGCCAGGCCAACGCAGGACAUCUCAUUGCCGUUGUCAGCCCGGAACUCUCAGCCUCACAGCCCUACUUCUUCCCUCACGUCUGGGGGUUCCUUACCCUUGCUGCAGUCUCCACCGUCCACUAGAUUGUCUCCUGCCCAACACCCCUUGGUCCCAAACCAAGGAGACCACUCAGCUCACCUGCCUAGGCCGCAGCAGCAUUUCCUUGCUAACCAGGCUCACCAGGGGGAUCAUUACCGUCUCCCCCAGCCUGGCCUGAGUCAGCAGCAGCCGCAGCCGCCGCCACCGCCACACCAUCACCACCAUCACCAGCAGCAGCAGCAGCCAGGAGAAGCCUAUUCAGCUAUGCCUCGGGCUCAGCAGUCGUCUGCUUCGUAUCAGCCAAUGCCAGCCGACCCUUUUGCCAUUGUUUCCAGAGCCCAGCAGAUGGUUGAGAUUCUCUCAGAUGAGAACCGGAACUUGCGGCAGGAGUUGGAAGGAUGCUACGAGAAGGUGGCGAGACUGCAGAAGGUGGAGACAGAAAUCCAGCGUGUCUCAGAGGCAUAUGAGAACCUUGUGAAGUCAUCCUCCAAAAGAGAGGCCCUGGAGAAAGCCAUGAGAAACAAGCUUGAGGGCGAGAUUCGGAGGAUGCAUGACUUCAACAGGGAUCUGAGAGAGCGUCUAGAGACGGCCAACAAGCAGCUUGCAGAGAAGGAAUAUGAGGGGUCAGAAGAUACCAGAAAAACCAUCUCUCAGCUCUUUGCAAAAAAUAAGGAGAGCCAGCGGGAGAAGGAGAAGCUGGAAGCGGAGCUGGCCACUGCCCGUUCUACCAACGAGGACCAAAGGCGACACAUCGAAAUCCGAGACCAGGCCCUGAGCAACGCCCAGGCCAAGGUGGUAAAGCUGGAGGAAGAGCUGAAAAAGAAGCAAGUGUACGUAGAUAAGGUGGAAAAGAUGCAGCAAGCUCUUGUACAGCUCCAGGCAGCAUGUGAAAAACGAGAGCAGCUGGAGCACCGUCUCCGGACACGACUGGAGAGAGAACUGGAAUCCCUCCGAAUCCAGCAGCGCCAGGGCAACUCUCAGCCCACCAAUGUUUCCGAAUACAAUGCCGCUGCACUGAUGGAGCUCCUUCGUGAGAAGGAGGAGAGAAUCCUGGCCCUGGAAGCUGACAUGACUAAGUGGGAGCAGAAGUAUUUAGAGGAGAAUGUGAUGAGACAUUUUGCUCUGGAUGCUGCCGCCACCGUAGCUGCUCAGAGGGACACAACAGUCAUCAGCCACUCUCCUAACACCAGCUAUGACACAGCUCUAGAAGCUCGCAUCCAGAAGGAGGAAGAAGAAAUCUUGAUGGCCAACAAGCGUUGCCUUGACAUGGAGGGCAGGAUUAAGACCCUCCAUGCCCAGAUUAUUGAGAAGGAUGCCAUGAUCAAGGUACUCCAGCAGCGUUCCCGGAAGGAGCCAAGUAAGACAGAGCAGCUGUCAUCCAUGCGGCCGGCAAAGUCUCUGAUGUCCAUUUCCAAUGCUGGAUCAGGCUUACUCUCCCAUUCUUCCACCCUGACUGGCACCCCCAUCAUGGAAGAGAAGCGGGAUGACAAGAGCUGGAAGGGGAGCCUAGGUAUCCUCCUGGGUGGAGACUACCGUGCCGAGUCUGUCCCUUCCACCCCCUCGCCUGUGCCGCCCUCGACUCCGCUACUGUCAGCUCACUCCAAGACAGGCAGCCGGGACUGCAGCACGCAAACAGAACGGGGAACGGAACCCAACAAAACCGCAGCUGUCGCUCCCAUCUCUGUUCCUGCUCCAGUUGCCGCUGCCGCCACUGCUGCCGCCAUCACUGCCACCGCCGCCACCAACACCGCCACCGCUGCCACCAACACCACCACCAUGGUAGCUGCUGCUCCAGUGGCUGUCGCUGCUGCCGCGCCCACCGCCGCCACCGCCGCCGCCGCCCCGUCUCCGGCGACCGCUGCUGCUGCUCUUGCUGCCGCUGUUUCUCCAGCUGCUGCCGCUGCUGUUGCUGCUGCUGUUGUUGCUCCUGCUGCUGCUGCCGCUGCUGCUGCGGUUCAGCUUGCUCCAGCUGCCCCGGCUCCGGUUCCAGCUCCGGCUCCAACUCCAGUUCCGGCUUCAGCAGCGGCUCAGGCUUCUGCUCCAGCUCAGACUCAGGCACCAGCUCCAGCUCCGGCUGCAGCUGCUCCUCCAGCUCCAGCUCCAACUCCAGCUUUGGCUCAGGCUGAGGCUCCUGCAAGUCCAGCUGCCGGGUCUGGACCACGUCGUUUGUCUAUACCAAGUUUGAGCUGCAAUCCAGAUAAGACAGAUGGCCCUGUUUUCCACUCCAGUACUCUGGAAAGAAAAGCUCCCAUUCAGAUCCUGGGACAAGAGCCUGAUGCCGAGAUGGUGGAAUAUCUCAUCUAAAUGGCCUAACCAACAGCUGCAGUUUAUCAGCAAGAAUGCUUUUAAUCAUUUUUCCCUUUUGUUUGUUCUUAUUUUGAGGGUGAGGACAAGGGUUGGGUGGGGGGAUGUUUUUUAAAGGGACUUUUUAUUGAAACAACAUAGUACUUAGGUAAUACCAUAUGAACUCCAGUCUGUUCUGGUACACUUAGAGAGUACCUCUAAAGCCAGAUCAAUCAGGAUGUGCUCUAAAGUUUAUUGUUUGGAUUUAUACAAAUUCUGGGACUGUUAAUAGCUGGAUAUACAUCAAUGUUUUCAAUGUGCUGAAAUUUGUUUAGCAUUUCCA